GCAGAUCCAUUUGGAAUUCAAGAACCCUUCCCUGCAAACAUCUACCCUAUUGAGGGGACUGAAACUGAAGUUACUUGUGUGGCUUUUGAUACAUCAGGAAAUAAAACUCCUGAAAGGAUACAGUUUAUGAGGAAAGAUAAUUUUGCACGCUACGCAAAUAUAACAGCAAGUGAAAACAUUAAAUUUACACAAAGAACAGAAGAUGCAGAACCUCCAGCAAGUGAGUUGUUUCUUUUUGGACAUUCCUAAACAUGCCACCAUGUACAUGUACAUUUAUGCUCAGUUGCUAUGGUUCAAGAUAAUUUAUGACAUCCACCCCCCCCCCCCCCCCCCCCCCCCCGGGGGGGGGGGGUUUUUUAAUUUAACACCGGAGGUUUAAUUUUCAUUGUGGAAAAACACCCUUUAUUUUUUUUUGGCAUCAAAAAAUUGACUUUUUUUCCCCCCCACCCCCCCCCUCCCCCAACCCCCUUGGGGAACUCCCCAAAUUCUCCAAAAAAUUACAGGAAAAAAAAAAGCUUUCAUACUAUAAACCCCCCCUUUAUACACCCCCCCCUCCCCCCCCCCCCCCCCCCCCGUACCACGGUGGGGGUAUGAAUUUGCAUGUACAUCCGAGAGUUACAUGUAACUCGUGGAUACACAUCCUUGAGUUGUUCUAGGCACUGCAAUAUUGACUCUUUUGCUCACUCACUCACUCACUCAGCCAGUCACUUGGAGAGCAUCUCCAAAUUUCAGAAAGCAUUACUGGUAAGAUAUAGUUGAUCCAGUAUAUAACAGCCCUGUAUUAAGCGGCCACCCUCUAUAAAGCAGCCAGUUUUCAAAGUCCCAAUUUUUCGCUCGUUAACAGCCACUGUAUGUUUAAUGAGAAAAAGAGAGAAUAUUUUCCUUUUCAUUGCACCAUUUAUUUUCUUUGCGUGAUCAGUUUGAGUUGCUGGUUUCAGAUAGACAUAGGUGAAACGUGAUUCUUGUGAAGAACUUUGUUGCCUAGCACAUGACUGAAAGUUUGCUCAAAUAUAAUUUUACCAAUCUUGACGUGUCAAGUCUGCAUGUUGUUACAUUAUACUUGGCUUGUGUCGCAGAUGCUCUAAAUCUUCUGUUCAGACUAUACAAAUAGUUAAGACGAGUGGGUGAGCCUGCUGCAACGUAGGCUACACUAUACAAGCAGUGCUUGAUAUGUAGUUCUUAGUCUGCUCGGAGUGUAGUGAUGAGAAUGCAAGAAUGAGCUUCUGGAAGAAUAAGUUACAUGUACUUCUUUGAUUUGUUUUUUUGCCUCCGUUUCGAUAAGAUCAUUUCAAAGCAUUUACUUUGGCAUUUCCUCACUCGUAUUCUAGUGCAAAUGUCACCGUUUUUCAGCAGACUUAAGUCAAGAUGUUGGAUCAGUUUAAGAUUUUAAGAGUACGUUCGAGAGAUGCCUUAGAUGUAAAAUUGAAAAAUAAUGUAUGGAAGCUUGUUGCAAAGUUAAUUGGGAUUACAUAUAAAAGUAGGAUGCCAAGCGAUUUUACAAACAAAACCUUUCACGUCACCAAAUUUAGUUCGAUUAAUCACGCCUAAAGUCCCUCAUGAAAAGUUCCUUAGAAUGAGCGACUAUCAAGCUUCUUCAACCUCGAGAAUUUGUUUUGUUUUGUUUUUUACGACAAUGCACCACAAAGCAAAGCUAUCACAGUGAAGAACAAAUUAAGAAAAAUCUUUUUCUUUCUGACGUGUCGAAGCUGACACAGACACUUGUCAGUGCUGACACGUACCCUCGUCCGAGCUGAUGUGUCGAUUGCGUCAGUUUCGCGUUUGCUUUGUGCGCUUAGUUCUGGCCUGUACUGUACCACCAACAUAAACAUUACAAACACAUCCUACCCUACUAUGUAGGAAAUCUAUGAUUUGUAGUGUACAGUUGCAUAGUAAUUGUUGUAACACUUAAAACCCUUUGUCCUGUAGGCGAAAAGCUCUUUGUAACUAUGACCAUAAAGAAUGUUACACUGAAUGAUGACAGUUCGUAUGGUCUACUGGGAAGGUACGAGUGUCACGCUUUUGCAAAAGGAGACCCUUUAGAGAGGAAACAUGGAUUUAGUGUCAAUGUCAUUUCAAGUAAGUACCUCUACAUUGUACAAUUAUCUUGUUUUAGGAACAUGAUUUUGUGUAUCAUCAUUUUAUAUUGUGCAUUGUUCAUUGUUUAUUGUAAACAAGAACGCGCUUACAGCGGCAUUCAGGUCUCGCCUGCUAAGAGAUUAGAUAGAAAAAUGAGGAGGCAAUUAAUUCUACAAGAAACAUGGUAAUAAAUAAUAAUGAACUUUAUUUAAGGUAUUAGAUCUGCUAUAAACCCUUCCAUUUGCAAAAAUUAUUUCUCAAAUGAUUAAGAACUUUGCAAAAUAAAAAUUACACAGGCUUAUCAAGCGAGAGCUGAGCUUUCAGAAAAUUGAUACAUGUAUGCGAGGUGUCAAUUUUCACACUUAAGGUGUUAUUUCCGAUUUAUAUCGCAGGCUCAAAAAUUCAGUAAUUCCGUAUUUCUGGCUUUCUCUUGACAGCUAGGAAUAACAAGAAAAUCAGGACUGACUUAUACUUAGUUUGUUCAUUUACCUUUAAAUUCCCGGCAGUAGCCAGUAAAUCUUUCCUAAGAUAUGCGACCCUAUUUGGGAAAAGCUGGCUUAAUGAAAAUUGCGUGGAGCCGUUUUUUAUCGCAACGCAUUUGGAAAUGUUGGAAUGCAUUGGCGAACAUUCUUAAUGCAUUUGAAAGUGUUGGCAAUGUUCUCCAGCGGAACUACGAAAUGUUCAGUAUUGUUUCAAAAUCAUUUCAAAACAUUCGGAAAACGUUUUCGAAUGUUGAAAAUGCAUUAAAUGGAACAUCAUUAAUUCGUUGCAACGGGAAACAUUCACCAAACGUUCUAACAUUGUCAACAACUGAGUUGCAAAAACUCCAAACUGUCAGGCAUCUCCUCGCUCCAUCAUUUGACAAUUUAGAUCCACGGUCAUAAAUAAAGUGAUAAAACAUUUAAAACUUCACAGCGUGAGAAAUGUUUGAUCCGAGGAAUUAAUAAUUUGUUCCAUUUUCAGUUUGCAAGUCUGUGUUAUUAAAGAGGGCAAAGAAGAGGGGAAUUAGAUUUGAAAGCACUCGUUGUCGAAAGUGUUAUAGGUCUGAAUUUAUUUUAUGCUGUUCUUUCAGUGUUACGGCGGUGUGCGUGCUCGUGACUACCUUGUUUGAUAGCUCCCUAUAAAAUUAACAGAUAUCAGAUGCUUGGUAUGGUCGCUGAAUUUAAAUACUAAAAUAUACCAAAUUUCUACCGGGGCAGUUGUACUAUUUACCGACUUUUCCUUCCUCCCGUGUUUCCCGUUUUUUUUUAUGCUCGGGGAUUCUCCAAAAAGUCAACCAGUUCAGUUUCGGAACGCCCUGGCAAACGCUAGACAUUGUAGCCCGUAAAAGCGAAAACCUGAAAACGUGACAUUCUUCACAAAAAAUUCAUGGUUUUUAUCUGUACCAGUCAGCUGUCACAAAGAUGUCAAAAUUUAUAAUCACGAAUAUUUUCAGAUCAAAGCUUAUUGCGUGACACUACCGUCAUCAUGGCAAAUUUAAUCCAAUCAGAAGCCAGCUGGAAACUGUCCUCGACUUCUGAUUGGUUAAUGUUUACAUGGAAGAAUGUGAAUUAAUUAAAAGCGGUCACACUUUUGGGCUCCUUGCUGUAAACCUUUUUUCCCCUUUCGAGUCGGCCGGAAGCAUAGCCCAAUGUGCUUUAUGUGCUUUAUACAUUGUUGUAAUCUCGAGUUCAGUCUUUUUGUCACAACAAAAUGCAAUGAAUUGCUUGAAUCAUCUUUGAGAAACCGUUUAAUAGGUAAUGCUUUAAAAAAAGAUUUAUUUCAGAAUGGGAUUUAUGUAGCUAUAAAUAAAGGCGACCCAAACAUGUCGCACGCUGCUAAUAAUUUUGUUGUUCAAUCUUUCACUGAUAACGUUUUCCUUGAGAAAUUAGCUGGAUUUCCUGAAAAUUAGAUUAGAUUAGGGUUUAAUAAGCACUCAUUUUAGGGCUAGGGGUUAAGCGCUGUUUUAGGGUUAAACACUUAUUUACAACGGUUAGCGUUCAGGUAAUGUUUUCCAUAUUACUGUUUUCGAUUUUUAUGGUGUUUUUUUUUUUCGAUGAUUCUUCAAUGGACUGCAUGGCUUUCAUGGCUCGCUGGCUCGCAUUUUAUACACACACAUUUUGAAAGGGAUGUGAGAAUUAACCGAGUGCAAGCAGUCUUGCACGCUGCUGACAAAGGUACAAAAGGGCAAAUAAUUGGCAACCCCAAAAUUCUGUUAGCCAGCUAGGUACAAAAAGAAAUGCACGACCUCAACAGUCAGCCUUACAGUUUUAAGAAACUUCUCAAAAACUUCUCUCCUUUAUUUCCAUAUUUGAAAGUCCAAUAAAGUAAUUUCAUGCUUUUCUCAAUUACCUCUUGACAUGUUACAACCUGAAACAACAUUAAGCACACGCAAUGUCACAAAGAUCAAAGUUCUAUGCAAAUUGAUUUGAACCGAUCGAGAACAAAGAGUAAAAGCCUUUGUUUUCCAUUGCGAAUUCAUGUCGUUAUUCCCGUUGAUAUUACUGUUGUAUGGAGGUAUCAUUACUGUUCCUGAAAAAAAGUUGUAUUUUCAAAGAAUGCUCUCUAAUCAUCAGUGGCUUUAAUCAAUGAUAAUUUUUCGCAACCUGGGUUGAACUUCAGGAACUAAUUUUAUCAUUAAAAAAAAACGUUUGGAAGCAUUGCCAAUGCAUUGAACAACGUUGGAAAAACAUUCUAAAACGUUGAAAAAACAUUUUUUGAAGGAAAACGUUGUAAAUGCAUUGAGAAUCAUUGGAAUCCGUUUCAAUGCGUUGUAACGCAUUCAAAAUGCGUUGAAAUGCAUUUCAACCCAAAUUUCAUUAAGCCCGGUUUUCCCAAAUAGGGUCACAUAUACAGGUACAUGUACAAUCCAAUCAGUGUCACAUCAAACAAUAAGAACAGCAGUUUACUAGUAAGAAUUCAAGAUGGUGACAGAGAAAACAGUGCAGCGCGACCAAAAUUAAGGGCGAAUUAAGGGCAAUUUUGUCGCUGUGUUGGACCGCAAAUCGAUGUAAAAAGAUGAGGAUUUAUAAUAGUGCGCUGAAACUUGCCAGGUUUAUUCACAUGAUGUAAAGGAAAAAUGCAUUGAAUUCCUGGCAAUUCCCGGAAUAUUUUGGAAUUUUUGUGACGGCCUGAAGUUACAGGACAUUACAAAAAAAUUCCAUCUCUACAGCUGUAGCACAGAAAGUGGCGAGAAAAUACAAAAAUCUUUGUUUGAACUCGUUGUGUGACGUGCUCUCAAUAUGGCAUUGUAAACAUUGUUUUAGCCUUAGUAACGUGCUAAUUUGCAUAACAGAUCAUUAGACUGCGGCCUUAUCUGUCAUCGUCCUUACGAGGAUCAUAUAUCUGAUGUGUCUGUAGAAGGCUUUUUACAGCCAUAGAAAUUAUUUAGAAAUAUCAAAACAGUCGUAGUUAAUUUGAGGAAGCCGAAUGUAACCGAAUUUUGCUAUAAUUUCCCCUGACUUACCUGAAACUCAUAACGCGUUAUCACGUGUCGGGUUGUGAAAAUUGCAACAUUUCUGUCAAGUAUCGCGUCAGAUUUCAGCCCUGUGAUCAUAAAUAUUUCCAAAAAAGUGCUCGUAGAUACCAACUUUGGCCUUUGUUUUCUCAUCAUAUAUUUAAUGAAAAUGCUUCAUUUUUGGAAUUGAGUUCAGGUUAAGAGUACGUUUCAAAUAAGUGAUUUUAUAAGCAUGAUCAUUUUUUGACUUUAUAGCAGUUCUAAUAGUCUCAUGUCUUAUAGCUCAGGCACCACGCCUCAUCAAUUGGGGAGACUGAUUCACUCGCUAAAGGUUUUUGUACUUACUACUAACUGUCUUUAUCGACGUCGAUACUUGUUAUUUGUUUCUGAAUUGAUUUAGAACGUGUGUUAGCGACGACCAAAAAUACCUCUCCUGUAGCAGGCUAUAUGCAUGUAUAAAUACACAAAAAUUCAAGGGCCUCGAUUCCAGAGAAAUUACAUCAUUGCCAGACAUCGAAAAAGUGAUUUACAUGGCACGUCAUUUCAAUCCUCGCCAAAAAUGAAUCGCAUGUUCAUCACAAACUCAUUUGCAUACAGUGAAAGUUUACAACACCCGAUUAUCUCAAUUUUGCUAGUUAAGAUUCUUAUUUUUUUUCAACCACUCAGUAGUGUUCACUUGCUCCAAAGUAAUCAACACUUUCAAGCGAUAGAAUUCGUGGACCAACACGUUUCGGAAAAGCUCUAAAAUUUUUUUUUUAGUCCCAGUUUCCUCAGUCUCCACAAGGAACGCCUGGCACAAUGGCCUGCUUUUUGUGACCCCAAAAACGGACCAAAAAUUCCUGGGGGUAGGGGGGGGGAUACUUCCUGAAAAAUUGGGUGCGGUGUGCAGCACGCUUCCUGAAACCCUUACCCUACAUGUAUUUCAGACCAAAAUCUGUGAUUUUCCCUGCCCUAUUUCAGACCUGAUCAAAAAUGUGAUACCGUAUUUCAGACCUGGAGCCUGGCAUGUGACUGGAGCCCAUGACAAGCUGUUACGGCACAUACACUGUAGUCGGUAUAAACAUUAAAAGGGAAAUGGUCUUAUCACCAAAUGAUGAAGAAGUAGCUAAUUCUUCCAAAAAACAUACCCAAUUCAAGACUAGAAGGCACAAACCAUACCCUGUUUCAGACCAAAAUGGUCGAAAUUGAUUCCCCAUUUCAAACCAAAAAAAAAAAACCUUUUGGCACGGCACAUACCUAUACAGCCUACAGGUUGUAUAUAAGGGACUACCUCCACCCCCCCCCCCCCCCCCCACCACGCCACAAAAAAAAAAUAAUAUUGUUUCUUCAUCACAUGGCAACAAAAAAAGAAGUAACAUUAUUCCUGAAAAACAAACUGCGCAACACCAAUGACCCCCCCCCCCCCCCCCCCCCCACCACCACCAGGGCGAAAAAAAUUAUUAGUCUUGCUGCUUAUGCAAGUGAGGCUAAUAAUAGCGGAGCUCUCAUGCGUGCAAAGCAUGCGCAGCAGAGCACCAUUGGUAACAAAAUUUGGUAGACUAUCCAUCAGAGAAAAUUUGGUUAUGACAUAGCGUACGCCGCCUGCCCACCUGUACACACACUUCAUGUAAGCUGAUGUCAAGUGUCGCAAUAGAUCUUGCACAACUUGACACUACCUUGUCAGUUAUGUUACCCAUCUGUACAUGUAUGAGUAUGAUUAGAUUGGCAGCUCUCAAAAUCAGACAUCCACUGACAAUUAUCACAUGACCAUCUAAUGGACUCAGAUGAAAGACCAGUCAUUUUGCCCCUACAUUUAAACUGAUAUAAUAUGUCGCACCUACCAAUUCAACAUAAAAACAAAACUAUAUGUGCCAGCCAGAUUAAGGUCAAUUGACAGCUGUCAAAAUGGGACAUGCGCACUAUCAGAAAACUAAUAAUGUGGGCUCAGGUCCGCUCAGGUACACGAUCUGGCAUUUCUUCCCCACUGCAAGCCGGACUGCCGGACUGAAAUGUCUUACUCACACUUGAAGUCGACUGUCUGUCAAUAGGAAUAUUUGCCAUUCUAAUGAAGGUUAAUUGACAGCUGCCAAACCAGAGCAUCCCCUGAUCAUCAUCACCUGACUUUAUCCUGGGCUCAUUUUUCUACCCACUGAGGUCACAUAUUUUUUUGAAGUUUUCCGCUGAUAUUUUAUUUGAUCACAGGCUCAAUUCUGUAUUUUGAGCGAAGCCCCCAUAGCUUAGAAGAUCUAUCCAUCCUUGAAAAUUUGGCAAUCACAUGAUGGUACACCGACCGCCCGACCUUCCGCCUGUCCGCACCACAGGCAUACCAAUGUUUAAUUUCACACUUUCUAGCUAGUUUGGCAGCAUGCAACCUGAUGGCUCAAGUUCAAUUUUUUUAAAAUGCAUGUGCAGGGUUUGAGCCAGGCGGCGCCACUGCACCAAUUCCGCGCUGCAACUGAAAUUGUCCCUUAAAAUUUAGGGAAACAACUCGAAAGGAAGCACACAGGAAGAGAUUUAGUUCAGUACAGAAAUUGCAAGCUAACACGGAACAUGGAAAGUAUAUUUUAUCGCACGUUUAAAGUUCAGUCUAAAGUCACGUUUCAGUGACGCUCUACUUAACAUGUGUGUCUCAUGCUCAACCAAGCGUGGUGAACUCACCUGGCAAUCUUUAACAUGUCACAUCAAAAACGUGUUCGAACAUUAGAAAGCUUUUUCGCUCCAAAUCGAAGCCAGAGUGAAUCAGAGAAAAAUGAUACAGAAGGAGAACAGUGUAUUAAUCAGGAAGAAACAGAUGAGGAUCGAAGGAAACCAAAAAAAAUCACGAACUUUCCAGCAAACUUGGUUGUGAGAUCACACUUGGUUGCUGUAUGAAAAGAAGGCAAUGUUCUGCUUUUUUUGUCGGAAAUCUAAGAAGACAAACCCUGUUGCAUCGGCAGAACGGUGUACAAGUUUUAAGACCUCAACUCUGCAAUGACAAAGACUGUAAAGAACAUGAGGAUGCUGUUAAUGAAGAAGCUAUGAGGGAUACGUUCAGCAACACACAGCACCGUGUUUUUAGAGCACAAUCGCAAGCCAUCCUCACAGCAAUGAGAGCCGUCUACUGGCUGGCCAAGGAGGAUAUAGCAACAGCCAAGUACGACUCACUGCUCAUUUUUCUGGAUGAAGUUGGCCUCGAAAGUGUUAAGAAUCUUUGAGUGGGAGGAAAUGUUACCCAUCGAUCUCAUCAAAGUGCUGAAGGUAUGCAAGAUGCUAUUGCUACUGUUCUGAAGUCUAACAUUGAGAAACUACAGUAGAAGCCAGCCCAUUCUUUUCUCUGUUAAUCGAUGAAUCAAUGGAUGUCAGUAAUAAUGAAAAUCUUGUUGUUUAUGUUAAGUUAUUGAAUGAAUUUAAACCAGAACUGCACUUUUUAGAAAACGUCAAUGUUCAGAAUGGAAAGACCGAGACUAUUACAACUGCUGUUAACUUGCUAAUGGAAAGGAGAAACUUGCACACAAUGGCAGGAUUCGGCAGCGAUGGAGCAAGUGUCAUGACAGGAAAAAACAAUGAAGUUUCAAAAUGAAUGAAGGACAAUAGUCCAUUUCUUGUGUCUAUCCACUGGAUGGCUCACAGGCUUGCGCUUUGCACAAGCCAAGCGGCUAAUGGUACUCCUUAUUUGGCAAAAUUCAAAGAGAUCCUUAUUGCUCUGUACCGCCAUUUUGACCAGUCUGCCCUCCAGUCACAGUCACUGGCAGAAUUUCAGAAGAUCUUUGAACAUCCUGAGCUAAAACUCAAGAAACUGUUUGAUACACUGUAUCAGGUUGUUUUCAUUCUAUAGUACUCUGGAGACACUGUACCGCACCUGGCAGUCUCUUGUGGCCUACAUGGAAUCUCAAUCCAAUAGUGAUGAUAAAGCCUGAAGGAGUUCAAUGUCGUUGCCACCCUCUGCAUGAUGGUGGAUGUGAUUCCUAUUCUCACAUUCAUGAGCCUUGCUUUUCAAAAGGAACAUGUAGAGCCUGCUUCAGUUCAGACACUGGUGAAAUCAACAGUUACUACUACUCAAAUAACCGCUCUUAAGAGUAACAACGGCAAAUUCUUGUCCGAGAUUUUGCCAUCGCAAGAUGAUGUUUCAGAAGUUAAAUGGAGAGAGAAUAAUUGUUAUAGUGAUUUUUGUUCUUAACUUGCCCGACGGGCAAGUGUUUUUAAUAUUUUUGCAAAUUCAAAUUAUAGAAGGAUUGUAAUCAAUCCUGCUAAUCAAAAAGGGUUUGGGGGCUAGAUGAAAUGACUUUUGGGCUAGUACAUGCUAACUACAGCUUGCCCGAAUGGCAAGCUGUAAAACUGACUUUCUUUGCACCCUGCUUAGGGCAAAAAUUAAUGCUGGGUUAGGGGAGGGGUAGGUACGCAGUUUCCCCGAAACCUUAAUUAAUCCGGAGGUUCAAUUGUAGUGACCGGUGCAAGGUAGACUGUACGUUGAUGUUUUGUACAAUAAUAAUUGUUAUCAUGUUUGAAAGUGUUUUGGUAACAAUCCAUCAAUCGUAAACAAAUUCAGUUAUCCAUAAUGAUUGUAAGAGAUCAGUUUCUUACAUUGUUGGAAGGAUAGAUUUCUUAUAAUCUCUAGUAGCCUUUUUUUUCCUUUUCUCAAUAGUCAUAAUUUAAGUAUUUUCUUUCACUGUCUAAUAAAUUGUAAGAAAUUAGUAAUCUGUAAUUUAAGUGAUUGUUACAGUGUAUGUUAAAACUUGUCUUCAGGUUCUUCAUACUGUAAAUUAUGAUUACCAUCCAAGGUAAAAAUUACAUUAAUUAAUUGUGGCUACUAAAAUUCGCCAUUAGUGAGUCAUUUGUUGUGAUUUUUACACUGUACAUGUAUGUACAGUAUUGCAGUUAUACAUGUACCAAUAUCAAAGGGUUGCAAAAAGUGGGAUUAUCAGUUUGCUUGCUUGUCUGUUACAAUUAUUUAACUAUCAUUCUAUUGAUGUAAGUACAUGUACAUGUAAGAAACUACAGUUAGAACCGCCAUAACUCAAACUCUGAAGGAAAACGAAAAACAGGUCAAGUUAGCAGGGGUUUUUCAGGGCUGAGAUUAUGAAAGUGUACGGAUUUCUUUAGUUGAAGCAUAUGAAGGAGUAGCGAAGUCUAUCAUUUUGGUCUGUAACAAGGCCAAAAGGGCCAACAGAUGCAUUUUACAUUAAUGGCUGUGAAAAAGUUGAGAAAAUGUUCUGGUUUUGUAAGUUAUUCAUAUUUUUUAAAAAGACAGUGCAUAAAUUUACAAAGUUGUAAAUUACAUGGAGGUACAUGUAUGUGAAAGGGGCAUAAGGAAUAGAAAAGGGGUACAUGAAACUUUUCUGUCAAAAGUGGUAUACAUUGUACAAAUGGUGAGGGGUCAGAGUACCUCAGGGCACGGCCUCCCCAUAUAAAACUUUGUUUGGUAAACCCCUGCCCCCGGGAUGUUUCGAAAAUGAAGUUACAUGCACAUGGAAAAUACAGAAUCUUGAGACUGAUGCAUGAAUUUGAAAAGCCAAGGAAAGGCAAAAUUUAAUAUUAUAAGUCUUCUAGUUGGUAGAAUAAUAACAAUUUAAUUGUUUUUAAUUUUACUUGUAAUAUUUUUUAUCAUGUUUUUUUUUUUAUUGUUUUAAACAUUUGAGUAGUUGUGGUAUUAGCAGGUGUUUUGUUUUAGCCUUAAAGGCCUGGUUCAAAUGUUACACUUCACAUGUGCUGAGUUUAAGUCCUACACAUGUAUUUUAGUCAACUGAAAUAAUUAACAUACGUGUACGGCAGUUGAUUCAGACAUGGGAUUAAAUGGUGCCGAUUUUACCUCAUAAUUUGUUCCCAGGCUUUAAAACAACUUGUUAUCCAGUAUGGAUAAUAGUUUCUAUAAUUAAUGCAUGAUAUAUACAGUCAACUCUUUCGUUGUGGACACCCAGCUAUAAUGGACACCUCCAUAAUAUACGGACAGCAGCUAAAUCCCAGGCAAAAAUAAAUCAUAGAUGUUUGACUGAAAUGACCUCUCGCUAUUAUUGACUCUCACAAAUGAGGACACUAACUCAAGGUCCCUGCAGUGUCGGCUGUAAAGGGAGUUGACCGUACAUAUAUCCGGCAAAUGUGAAAUGAGACAUCUGAAUCAAAUGUCUUACCUUAGUUGAAUCUCAGUCACAGAUUCGGCAGAUUCGCAUUUAAUUUUAAACUGUCAAAUUUAAUGAUUCAGACGUCACGUCUCACAUGCGGUUAAUUCUCAAAUUAAAUUCAAAAUUCGCAGUCCCAAUUUAAAAAGGGAGCAAAAGUGCACACAAGCCAAAGGCCCAACUGGCCCGAGCUUAUCUCAGUUUUAUUAGCAUGAAGCAUGCCUGAAGGAGUAUUGCCUUUCCCCCUGGACGGGAUGCUAGUUCAUCACAGGGUUACCCCCCAGAAGUACAGAAAUGUAUGUGGCCGGUACCCAUUUUAUACACCUGGGCCGGGUUGUUCAAAGAAGGGUUAAGUUAACCCAGGGUUAGGGCGAAAUUUGAUUUCAGAUAUGAAAGCUUGAGAAGCAAAUUCAGUUUUAUUCUUUUUGCCAACAAUUUGAUGAUUGGAUGCUCUAAAAAGAAGAGAGGAAAUUAUCUGGGAAAAUACUUUUGAACAAAAGAAAAAGAAACCUGGGUUAAAAUUUAACCCUGGGUUAGCGCUAAUCGGACUUCAAACAACUGGGCCCAGGGUGAAAGAGGAGUAAAGUUCCUUGUCUAAAGGUGGAAACAAUGCAACAGGCGAGGCUUGAAUGCCAGACCUCCAGCUACAUGUAUUAACUGCUCGGCCACACAUGUCACCUGAGCCCCAGUAUCCACAUACAGAUUCUCCAAACUGGUCUCUAUACAUUUCCCUAAAUAAUAUUAUUUUAAGGUGAGAGUUGAUGAAAGACCAAAACAUAUUUUUAUUGAUCUCAAAACCUUUUGUAUUGAUGAUUAUUGUUAGGAGAAAAUGGAUUGUUGUCAUUCUUGGGAUUUAAAGGGUUAAAGGGGCUAUACAUAUGCCAUGUUAUUUGCUGUCUCUUUAAAAAGCUAAAACAUGACUCAGCAUCAGUUGAAUUCCAAAAAUGGUCCUUUUUUUAGGACUGUACAUGUACAUUAGGUAUUAAAACUAUUUCCUGCUGUUUGUUGCAAGGGAUGGAAAAGAUGGACGUGGAUUGAAUCUUAAAAAAAAUUGGGGCAACUUUUUCAAGUUUUAAUACUACACCUCCAAAAAUCACCAAAAAUAGUAAUAGCUAUCGUAGCAUGGUUUGUCGUCCCUGAUAGGAUUUGUUUGAUUAUUUUUCGUAUCUCUAUAAAAGUAUUUUUGUAUGGGUAAGGGCAGAGUAAGUAAGGACUUAAACACAACAUUGAUAGUAGUACUGGUUUCUUCAAGACAUAACCCCUUUGAUUCCUUUAUUCUUUAUCCAGGCAUGUAACAAGCAAGUCUGCACAGUGUAAAAACGAAACAAAAAACAGGAAAAAAAGCAUUUGUUGCAGUGCUGUCCAAAAACAUUGAAUUUAUUUUAAAACAACCAUGUCCACCAUGUAUUCUUUGUCUUUUAUACAUUUUUGUAGUCAAGUUCAAUUACAGUGUCUAGCCCUGUAUAUAGUGAUCAAGCUUUGUUGUUUGAAUUCCUUUUUCAAAAUACCAUUAUAACUUUUCUUGCUCCUGAAGUAAACUUUGCAUGAUACAUGCACACUGUACUUGCAUUACCUUCCCCAUCCCACUUCCUUAUGCUUGGUUAUUUGCUUCUCGCUCCCGAUAACUUGUACUCCUGAUAACUGGAAUUUUUUUCGAUUUCUGGAGAAGGUUUGAGUCACCAUAAGUUGACUGUACAGCACAUGAAAGGGGUAUCUUUUGCCUGGUUUUAAAACCACUGGAACUACAUGUAUGGAUAAUGUAUUGGAGGCAAUGGACAGAAAUUAUAGCUUCAUGCAUUCUUCCCUUUUUAUUUGCUUUUUUUCUCUUUAGGAGACGAAAUUCCAUCAGUGAAAGUGCCUCAAAUCAGUGUGUUGAGGCAGGGUGAGAGCACCACAUUCUCAUGCAAUCUGACUAGAAAUCCGGGCAAAGGAUCAAUAUUGAAAAGAAUUUCUUGGUACAAAGAUGGGAUUUUGCUGGAAAGUAUCAGAAACCCUGACCCAAAUAAGCCAUUAGACACCCUUAGGCCGCUUGUUCUUAAAAAUAUUGGUGUUAGAGAUGGAGGAAACUACACCUGCUUUCUGGAAGUGGCGCUCCGCAAUAUCAGAAUGUACAAUGUGUCUGAUAGCACCACGGUUGAAAGUAAGUGCACUGUACACUGACCCUGAUGGAGGGUUAGCCCUUGACUGCGAUUACAGCCAUCUCCCCUCGUUUUCCCCUGCCAGCUGGACAUUCCACAGGAGAGAUGUCCGUCCCUCAAUAACAGAGAUUCCAUAGUGAUGACGUAAAGUCUGUCUGGAAUCUGUUUAGGAUUUCUGAUUAGUUGAUGUAAUGUCUGCAUCAGUCUGUACAUGGACGUAGUACAUGUGAUGUAGCUAUUGCUUACUAGUGACAGACAAUAGACAAAAAAUCGCAAAGGUCAAUAAUGAAAGUUCAUUAUUUUUGGAAUAUCUGUUUAUUGAAAAAAAAAACAACUUUUAUUUAAGUUUUGCAGAAGAAGUCAAAACUUUACAAUAUUAGACCAGGAGAAACAUAAACUGAGGCAAAUAUUUGGAACCCCAUGACUACUAGAUAUAAUAUUAUAUUAUAUGUUUUGUUAUACAAUUUUGUACAUGUAUAAAACAUUGAUUUACGUCACCAGCAUGGGAUUUUGGUCGUAGCUCAAGGUGUAGACCUUCUCUCCCACAUGACACUCUUCUUGACUACCAAUGAGUAGUGAGGAAAGGUGAUGUAUUUUGUGAUUGUUAAGAAUUAUAACUCUUUGGGUGAGAAGUUUAUUCUAGACAUUUUAUCACUUUCAUUUAGUUGCUGCUUGGCUGAAUAAGUACAAGGAAGAUCCUGAAUUCAAGAAAUUCAAAGGAGACAGUGUAUCGUUCGAGUGUCCUGCCAAAGGUAACCCUUUGAGGGUAGAGUGGAAAGUUAAGAAGAAAGGGGAAGAUGCCAUUACACCGUGUAUCAGUAAGUUUACCAGUCAUUGAUUUUGUUGAAAAAUUUUCUUGCAAGGUGCAGAUUCCCAAAGUGUUUCUAAUUAUUAUUUUGACAUCAAACAGUCCCCAAUUUUUCCUAGGAAGAAAAAACUUAGAGGUGGGGAUGGUCACAUACACAUUUGCGUAUUUUAUUUUGCUCUCCUUUUUUUUAUGAGGGAAAAUUAAGAAUGGACUAUUUUUAGUCUACCCGGUCGUGAUAGAUUGUUGUGAAAUUGGUCGCUAUUUACUUUCCUCAACGUCAUAUAAAAGCGACAUACCGAAGGGAUAACCCAGUCCUUUCAUUUCUAACAGAUGGAUCAGAUGGUAAAUACCGUAUACACCGCGAGGGAAUUUAUGAGCCUUAUUUCCUGACCGUGACUGACUUGCAGUACUCUGAUCGUGGAUCUUAUUACUGUUGCCUUCCCUCGAACUGCUCGAAUAGUGUAGAGGGAGACUGCCAGCGUUUUGUACUUCGCGUUAGAGGUAAGGUUUCUUAUCCAUUAAGCCCUAGAACAUCAGCACACAAAUUCUUCUAACCGACCUCCAUAAUUUUUUUAGCGGAGCUCUCGCGCGCGAAGCGCGCCAGCGGAGUACCAUGGGUAAGAAAAUAAAGUAAACUACCCAUCCGAGAAAAUUUGGUAAUCACGUGACCGUACACCGCCCACCCGAGAGACCGUCCGUCCGCACCACAGGUAUACAAAUGUAAAAUAACUCGAUCAACAGGUAUGGUAACCCAAAUGCAACUCGAGGUUAUUUUGUCGGGAAAUCACAUAGCCACCGGCGUCUUGUAAAGCAGAGACAACAAAAGUGUCAAUAAAGACGAAAACGGAAAGCGGAAAUUGUUUCUGUAUCCGUAUUGUCUAAAGUAUUAAGCUUAGAUAAAUUGUCAUGUCCACAAGUUUGGAAUAUAGAGCAAGAGAAAGACAGAGAAAAAGAGAAAGUGAGCGGCAGACCAGCGAAGCUCAACGAGGUUCAAACUAACCUGCGAUCAGGCGGUCCUUCCCCGUCUGCCGACUCUAUCCGCGAAAAAAGGACGCCUGAUUGCAGUUUAGUUUCAAACUGACACAGUUUCGCUUAUUGAAGCUCUGAUUUUGUUUUCAGAUCCUCUGGGUCCACUGUGGCCUGUUAUCGGCAUCAUCAUUGAAGCCAUUGUGCUUUUCCUGAUCAUUUUUAUCGCAGAGAAGAGGAAGAAGAAGCGAGAAGGAGGUGAAGAAAAAAAUCAUGUGGAAAGUUUAUCUUUCCCGCUCUUCCUUCCUUCCUUCCCCCCCCCCCCCCCCUCCCCUCCGUUCUUACUUUCCCCGCUCCCUGCUUCCCUCCCUCUCUACCUUCCUUCCUUCCUUUCUCUUUUCCUCCCACCCUACCCUCCUCCCUUCCUUUCUCCCAACGUUCCUCCCUUGUUUCCUUCCUUCCUUCCUUCCUUCCUUCCUUCCUUCCUUCCUUCCUUCCUUNCGUCCCCCGCCUCCUCCCUUCUCCCUCAGCUCCUUCUCCCCUCCCUCCCUUCCGUCCUUCCUCCCUCCCUCCCUCCCUCCCUCCUUCCCUCCUUCUUUCCCUCCCUUCUUCCCUCCUUCCCUCUCCCCUCCCUUCCUUCCUCCCCUCUGCCUUCCUUCCUCCCUCCCUUCCUCCCUCCCUCCCUCCCUCCCUCCCUCAAUUCCUUCCGUUCUUUCUUCAUGUCUCUUUAGUUUCUUUACUUACACUGUUCAGUUCCUUCCCUUCUCUUUAUUUUUGUUCUAAAUUUAUAGCAGGCCAGUGUAUACUGUACAAGUUCUUAUUAUUCUUCACUGUUUGUUUUUCAUGUUAUUUGUCCUGAUUGUUGCUGACUUAAAUUUACAGUUGAUAGGUAAGUGCUUGUUUCUGUUUUAAACGCCUUAAUGGAAGCGCAGAAGAUUAAUUUGAUGAAACGUGUAGAAGUGGUCCUUCUACUUCUACGUUUUCCUUUUGAGCGCUGUGUAAUUCUUCUAUCCACUGUCUUUCUGCUUAAUUAAACAUUUAUUUAGAAUCACGUUUUCAUGUAUGGCAAAAGUCUAUUUAUACCAAGUUAACAAGUUGUUUUCUUUUUACUUGUGGUUUUCUGUUUUAACGUAUAUCUACUUAAAAAUAAGGACUUUCAUGUCGGGUUUAUCCACAAGGAUUAUAUGGGAUGGUUUUUUAAAGUGGAACCUCGGUCAAACGAAGGGUCUAGGAACUGGCAAAAUUGUUUUGUUCACUAUAACGAGAUUUUGUUAUAUCGAGGUUCUUUUUUCUUUUGCUGGAGGUAAGAAAAUUCAAGAAUAGUGUUGAUGAUGUAUCUCUUAUCCUACUUAUCCACUUGAAUCUUUUGUUUUCGGAUUGCUAUAAGUUUGAUUCUAAUUCUCCUUUUUUUGUUUCUUAUUUUUUCAGACAAGACGGGCGCGUUGAGUUCAGCUUCAGUUCCACAGAUGACGGAGACAGGGGUCAAGUACGCCUACGCAAAGUUAAUGAAUCUACCGUUGCUUGA